AUGGCAACCCGCUCCCGGCCACCCUCUCGAGCCCGCUCCCCUAUUGAUCAGGGAGAGCUGGGACCCUUCCUUCCGCCAGCCUCCCCUGAGCUCGGCGAAGUAUCUCUCGAGCGGGUCAUCCGCCUUCUCUGGGGACUCCAAUCCCAGGUUGACCGCAUCGAGCGGACCCUCUCGGAGCAAGCCGAAGUUAGCCAAGAGGUUCGGACCAAUGUCGAGAACAUCUCACAAGCGGUUGAUACUGUCAAGGAUGGGCUUGCCCAACUCCAGCAAUCCCGGGGCCCCCACACCCCAGAAGAACAAAAACCCCCGCGGUCGAGGAAACUCCCAGGGCCGCGCCCAAAGCGCGACCCUCUCACCCUGUUUAACCCCUAUCCCUCCUCUUCCUUCCCUUCUGGACCGGCUCCAGCCCCCCAAGGACCUCCACCAGCGCCUAUCAUUACCCCGGCGCAGCCUCCAGCCCCCUCCACUGUAAAGGUGGACCACCCAGAUGCCUUCAAAGGCAAGAUAGGCUUGGAGGCCAAGCAAUGGCUAACCCGCAUGUUGGCCUGGAUUCGCCUCAACCAGAGGCAGUUCCCCUCGGACUUGGAGGUCCUCAGCUUCCUUCUCAUGAAUAUGGAAGAAGCAGCAGGGGCCUGGGCCCAUCCCCACCUGGACCAAUUAGGGUCCCAUCGCGCGAUCAUCCAGACCGUGGAUGAAUUCAAAAACGAGUUCCUGACCGCCUUUGGCGACCCCGACGCAACCAGAGCAGUGGAGCGGAAGAUUACUUCCCUCACCCAGACCGGCACUUGUGCCGAAUAUAUUACUAAGUUCCGCACGCUGCAAAUGGAACUCGACUGGAACAAUGCCGCACUUUGCGGCCAAUUUGCGCGAGGACUCCACUGGGAGGUCCGCAAACAAAUUGCCACAAGGGAAAGGCAACCAAGAACCCUGAGGGAGCUACAAGAUGCCGCCCUCCUCAUUGACAACGCCCUCCGCAAGGAGCGAGCCAGCCACCCGCAACAGGGUAAUAAGUCUGGCAAAACCUCUUCCACUCCCAACCGGGGGGCGAGUACCGGCCAACAGGCCACCAAAACCGGCCCCCUCUCCUCCAAUCCCAAUUACGUCUCGGAGGAAGAACGCAACCGCCGCCGCGCAGAAGGUCUCUGUGUCAAAUGCGGCAAACCCGGGCAUAAAUUUGCCAAAUGCCGGACUGGAUGGAAGGCUACCCCUAAGGAGGACAAGGGGAAAGCCAAGGAAACCGCCAAGAUUGGCGACGACUCCGAGUACCAAUCGGGAAAAGAAAUUACACCUCUCUUUACAAUUCCAAUACGGCCAGAGAAAACAGCGGAAACAUUAGAAGUCCUGAUUGACUCAGGCGCCACGUCAUCAUUCUUACACCCUUGCACCACGGAAUCACUCCGCCUUCCACUCAUUGAUCUCCCCACUCCACGUACCGUUACUAUGCUCGAUGGGUUGAGCCCCCAGGCAGGAAAAAUCUGGAAGAAGGCAGUACUCACCUUCACCUAUGAUGGCAAAAAGAUGACGGAGACCUUCCUCAUCUGUAAUACUGGCAGCCAUGCGGCCAUCCUAGGUUUGAAAUGGUUAGAUGCUCAUAACCCAGAAAUAGAUUGGAACACGCGCACCCUAUCCUUCCCACACACUCCUCCAGAACAUGUGGCCAUUGCCGAAGAGGAAGAAGCUGAUCAGAACCCCCUUGAAGGAGUACCCUCCAAAUACCACCAAUACGCCAAGGUAUUUGGAGAAGAGGAAUUCAACAAGCUUCCUCCCCAUAGGCAUUACAAUAUUGGGAUUGAACUCACCGAAGAAGGCCCCCUCAAUUCUCCCCUCUACAGUAUGACAGAUGCCGAGUCUGCCACGCUAAAAGACUGGCUCAGGGAUGAAUUGAAAGCAGGGAAAAUCCGCCCAAGCAAAUCCUCAAUCAGUUCCCCCGUCAUGUUUGUUCCAAAGAAGGACGGUUCCCGCCGCUUGGUUGUCGACUACCGCCGCCUUAACAACCGGACAAAGAAGAACGUAUACCCGUUACCCCGACCAGACAAUCUUAUGGCCCAGCUCCGUGGUGCCAAGGUUUUUACCAAACUAGACCUAAGAUGGGGUUACAACAACGUCCGAGUCAAAGAAGGCAACGAAUGGAAGACCGCCUUCCGCACCAAGUACGGCCUCUACGAGUCCCUGGUCAUGACAUUCGGCUUGACAAACGCUCCGGCUGCAUUUCAACACUUCAUGAACGAAUUAUUCAAGGACCUCCUGGAUGUUUGCGUCAUCAUCUACCUCGAUGACAUCCUAAUUUACUCUAAGGAUGACGCAACACACACCCAGCACGUUCACGAAGUCUUACGGCGUCUCAUGGAAAAUCAACUGUUCUGUAAGGCAUCCAAAUGCACCUUCCACGUCACCUCGGUGGAAUACCUAGGAAUCAUUGUGUCGGAUAAGGGAUUUAGCCUGGAUAAGCUCAAAAUCCAGGCGAUCCAAGAAUGGCCCAUUCCCACCAAGGUCAAGGAAGUCCAAUCCUUCCUUGGGUUUGCCAAUUUCCUACGACGGUUUGUAGCCAACUUCAGCCACAUGGCCCGUCCACUGCACAAUCUGGUUAAGAAGGACACAAUUUGGAAAUGGGAAACCAAGGAACAGGAAGCUUUUCAAGGGAUAAAAGACGCAAUUACCAAUGCCCCCGUUCUCUGCCAUGCCGAUCCCACCAAACCCUACUUCCUAGAAACAGACGCCUCAGGGGCUGCCCUGGGAUCCAUACUCAGCCAGCGUCAGGAAGACGGCCGUCUCCACCCACUAGGCUUCCUAUCCGAAUCAUUCAAAGGUGCCGAACAGAACUAUGACACCCAUGACAAGGAACUGUUGGCCAUCAUACAAUCCUUUGAAUACUGGCGCAUAUUCCUGGAGGGAACCGCACACCCAAUCACCGUGUUUACCAAUCACCGCAACCUGGAGUACUGGAAGGAGUCAAGGACCUUCAACCGCCGCCACGCACGAUGGCACCUUCUAUUAGCCGGAUACAACUUCCAGAUCGUCUAUUGCCCGGGGAAACAAUCAGGGAAGCCAGACGCCUUAUCACGCCGCUCCAACCACGCCGACAUCCCGCCAGAACCUCAGUCCAUGUUGCCGGAUCCGGUAUUUGCCAAUGUUGCUUUAGUCAUCCCCGAGAAGGAACUCCAACGCCAGAUUGAGGCCGCCCUAGACCAGGACGAAUCCUUAGAGGAAAUAUUACAAUUCCUCCAAAAUGAGUCAAAGGCACCCCCCUCAAUCAAACGUGCCUUCAAGGAUUACAAAAUGGAGGCCAGACUACUAUUCUACCAGGGCCGGAUUGUAGUACCUGAUGUAGGGACCCUAAGGACGGACUUGCUUCGGAUCUUCCAUGAUAGCCUGUUGGCUGGUCACCCAGGCAGACAACGGACCCUAGAACUGGUAUCCAGGAACUACUAUUGGCCCGGCAUCCGGUCAGACACUUACUGGCACGUCGACUCCUGUGAAACCUGCCAACGGAUCCGAAAGCCCAGAUAUGCGCCCAUUCCCCCUCAGCCCUUAGAACUCCCAUCACGCCCUUGGCAACACGUGUUGUACGAUAUGAUAGUAGACCUGCCAAAAGACGGAAACAAUGACUCUAUCUUGGUCAUUGUGGAUAGCUUUACCAAGUACGUCAUCCUGGUAGAAUGUUCCAAAAAGCUCAAAGCCCCGGAAUUGGCGGAUUUAUUCCUACGACACGUAUGGAAACGUUACGGUAUGCCCAAAAAGACGGUAUCAGACAGAGGACGGGUAUUCAACAACAAAUUCCUGAAGGCCCUUUACCAACGCCUAGGGAUAGAUCCCCACUUCUCCUCGGCUUACCACCCUCAAAGCAACGGCCAGACGGAACGCGUAAAUCCCACAGUUGAACAUUUCCUACGAGCCUACUCGGGAAUCAAUCAGAAGGACUGGGUCAAGUGGUUACCAAUGGCGGAAUUUGCCUACAACAACGCAGUACACAGCAGCACCGGCAAAUCCCCUUUCAAGGCACUAUACGGUUGGGAACCCCUCUUGACCCCGAGUAACGUUCCAACAGACGUCCCCAAGGCAGACAGCAUGGCAACCCAAAUGGAGGCACAAUGGCGGGAAAUAGAGGCUGCGCUACGGCAAUCAAAGACACGCAUGACGGCCGGAGAAGCAGGAGAACCACUCGAAUUCGAAAUUGGGGAAGAAGCCUGGCUAGAUGCCAAGAACGUAAAGCUAAAGACCCUGAGUCCUAAGCUGACCAAACAACGCCUAGGCCCCUUCAAAGUAACCGAGAAAAUCUCCGACCGAGCAUACCGCCUAGAACUCCCACCGACAAUGAGAAUCCACAAUGUCUUCUACGUGGGACUCCUGUCAAAAGUCAGAAGGGACAAGAAGCGCAACUUUGAGAACCGGCCGCCACCUGUCACCGUGGAUGGGGAAGAGGAAUACGAGGUGGAAGGGAUAACGGACAUGGAAGAAAGGAACAGGAAAUGGUUCUUCAGAGUGAAAUGGAAGGGCUAUGGACCGGAAGAAAACACGUGGGAACCCCGGGAAAAUCUCAAAAACGCGGGGAAAAUUUUAAAGAAAUACGAGGAAGAGAUGAAGAAUGUCGUGACCCAACUGUAA